UUUUCGCUUUUCAGAAACCAACGGGUGGCGUCACGGACACUACGUCCAUCUUUAUAUACAGUCUAUGGUUUAAUGACAUGAUGGACACUCUUGUACAGUAGGUGGCGGUGUACACCUUAAGUUGUUUGCGAUCCGCCAGUAAACCGAGAGAAGAAGAAGUAAAAACCUGCAGCUAGCUGGUGUUACGUCGAGAUGGAGUGUUGUGAAAUCCCACAGCAACCACUCUGAUGGUUUCCCACGUCUCUUGUCCAUCUGUCCCUCAUGCAGCGUCCAGUGUCGGUGUGAGACAUGACGGACAGAUACAGUGAGGUCGGCUUUGUCCAGCAAAUACUCGGGUUGAAUUUAGUGCCGAGGAAAAAUGGCACACACCGAGGAAACGACACGUCUCUCAGCGACUUCUCAGAGAUGUGGUAUGGAGUGUUUCUGUGGGCAGCGGUUUCUUCCCUGGUCUUCCACCUGCCUGCAGCUCUCCUCUCCCUUGCCACGCUGCGUCAGCACAGGAUGGCCCGAUUCAUGCCCAUUGCAAUCCUCCUCAUGGGCAUCGUGGGACCAGUGUGUGGGGGAGUCCUCACCAGUGCAGCCAUCGCAGGUGUUUACAAGGCGGCAGGGAAGAGGAUGAUCUCUUUGGAGGCUCUUGUUUUUGGGGUUGGACAGUCCUUUUGUGUCCUCAUCAUCUCUUUCCUCAGGGUCCUCGCAACCCUUUAGCAGAGCUGAGGCUUGUCUGGAUGGACCUGAUGCUGCUGGGUCACUCUCACACAGACAGCACCACAGUUUUACAUGGUAUACACCACAUCCCGGCAAAUCCUGGGCCACAUGUAAACCAGCCAGAUGUGGGUCAGGAUGUCACUACCUGCUGAUGGACCAGGAACAGAACAGAUUUCAGUCUACUAUGAAAAAAUAAGCAGCAAGUGUUAUACAGCACUAAGCCUUCUGAUUAGCUGUCGAGACAUCUCUAUGAUGUCACUGUAAGACAGCAAACUACUGAUCACAGGGCAAGUAUACACUACACAACAGCAAAUACAGUGUAUUUAAAAAUGACAAAUGAUCACUAGACACUUAAUUAUUAUGUAUGCAGUUUUUAUGUGUGAUGUAGAGGCAGCAUGAUGCUGUUCUGCAGUAGUAUCCAAAUGACAUUAACCUCUUAGGUUCUGUGUUUGUGUACUUCUAUAGUUGUGAGGACCAAUUUGUUUGAGGGUAAUGACUUGACUCUGAGGUUCAAUUAUAAUUAGUUAGAGCUUUGGCGAAUGUUUGGGGUUAGACAUUUAGUUAAAGUGCUUGAGGUCAGGGUCUGUAUAAUGUCAAUAAGUGUCCUCACAGAGACAAAUGCCCAAGUACAAAUGUCUAAUUUGAAAGAUGUACUCAUGUUCUUUCAUUGGGGAUCAAUAUAAUAUAUAAUGGGACGUACAUUGAUUUGAUACAUUUGAUUUGUGCUGAGGGAUGCUGUUGUCAAAGAUGGGUGAACAGGUGUCCCCUCUCUUGGUAGCUACUUUGAAUUCACAACUUCUUCAAACUGGAUUUUCAUUCUCAAGGACAACCCCGUGUUUCUUUGUGAUGUCCAAAGCGAUGGCAUGCUGCUAAAUUUUAGCUUCUCUUUUUGGGAACAGCUGACAUUCUCCAUUCAGUUGCACUGUUAAUGCGCAAAUGUACAGUGUACAUGGUAUGAUGAACAUUGUUUUUCAUAGCGUGGUAUACUGUGAAACCAGCUGCAACCUCAGUAUGUGAAUGUUGGACUCCGUGCAGUGACUGGAUAACAGUCAUUUUGACAGAUGCUCUUUUGAUACAGGAAGAUGAUGGUUUUAUGCAAGAUCCUGGCUUUUCCUUUGAGGCCUUAAUUUCUAUUUUCUAAUAUCCAAAGUGGUGUUCUCUUCAGGGCUGUCUUUCUUUAACACCCUUUCUAUUGCUGCCCUUUUGUUCUUUCUCAUAGUUUUUGUUUAGAUCAAUUCAAGUCGGACUGCCUGUCUCUGCUAUAGGUUCCAAAUCAGCAAUUCACAUUUACUGCCACCUGUCACCUUUACAUGACACUGUUGAAAAUGUUUAGUUGUGAUCACACAGCCUAGAGAAUGUCUUCAUAGUUUCUCUGCUCAUCUUCUUAGUUUGUCAGUUUAUUUGUUUAAAGCGAAUUCCUUACAGGCUGUUGUCAGUUUUCUUGACAAACCCAAAGAUCACCUUUGUUAGAUCUUUUCCAAUCUCUUUGAAUGAUAUUUUAUUUUUCUUCGUAUUAUUCCCAAGUCUUUUAGCUGUUCAAUCUUUUUGACCAAAUACAGAUUACUCAUAUUUUUCAAGUGUGAAUAUGAUGUUUCGAUGAUGGUUUAAUAGAAGUGUGUUCCCUUGUACAUCAGUCACAACAUUCAAACCAGUGAGUGGUUUUUAUGCUGACAGGUCAUGUAUACAGUGUGUGUGCACGCCAUCAGGUUUUAUUGUUGUAUUUUUAUCGGCUCAUUGACUCCCACAGUCGUUAUGCUAUUUGUUGCUUUUGGAAGUGGACAGAUACUUUUGAAUUAACAUCACACAUGUACAACUUUCAUAUACAGGCAAACUCUAAGUGUAAUAUUAUGCUUUGUUAAAUGUGAUGCAGUUUGCUCUGUCAGCUGGCACCACUAACAGACCUGUAGUUAAUGUGAGCACAAUUCCCUUUUCCACCUGAUUUGACUUUGGUUUGGAUUUGAUAUUUAACCUCAGUAUCUUCGUGUUGAUGACAAUAAUAGUAAACCAAUAUGCAGUUAAUUGAAUUAACAAACUGGAGCUGCCACCAGUGGACCAGAUUUUGAGCUGUAAUGGAACAGAAACAAGACAGCUUGUAAAAAUCCAGGUAGAAUCUGUGGAGCAAAGAUUGAGUCAUUUUUGCUCUGAUGGAUCCAGAACUUCUUUCUUUACAAAUGUUACUGUUAUUAUUUCCCACAUUUUCCUACAAAGAUCCCAUCUUGUAAUAGAGCCUGUACAUGAUCAGAAACUUACACUACUCAUUAAAACCAGUUAGCUUAAAGCUAGUGGACCAUUUGUUCUAUUAACUGUCAUUGAUUUUUACUAAGCGUUAGGAGCCUUUUAACUCAUGCGAUGGCAAAGAGAGCAGACAGCAAGCUUCACCUUCAUCUCCUCGACGAUGCGUUUAAACCCCUAAAACCAAAGAUGGCUUGUAUUCUUCCCCUUGUACUUCACUAGCUACUCUUCAGUUCAGUAGUUUAGUUCCAUCUGAAAAUUCCAUGAUGCGUGUAAACAUUCAGCAAAUCAAACUGAAGCUAGAAUGAAGAAGUUUCUGGUUUUAGUUUAAUCCUGGGAAGUACGAUAUCUAAAAAUGUCUAAAAAUAGGAAAAUGCCAUCAUUAGAGAAUGAGUAGACACUAAUGACAGCACAGUUGGAUUGUUAAGAGCAGGUUAUAGACAUUCAGUGCAGUUAGGAACUACAAUGGGACAGUAGUAAUUUCUGGACAGUGACCAUGAUAACCAUUACCUGAGGAAUUUAGAGAAAUAUGAUUUAUUUCUCUAACUUAUUUCAUUAAUUCAUUUUAAUGGGGUGUCCUCAGAUUUUGGAACAAGAUGAGAUAAUUGCCUUCGACACUAAACCAUCAUUUCUUAAAAUGUAAUUUCAUUGAGACUGGAUUUUAUCCACGGAGGAAACUCAGCUCAUUGCACUGUACAUAUUGUAUGUUCUGUAUAUGCACAAUCCCCUGAGCUGAGAAAAGUGAAUCAAUUUUUGUUACUACAAAGAUGGAGUGGAAAAUCAAAGCAGUCCAUUGAAAUAUGUGGCUGGUGCAGGAAUAAAUGGAGUUGUGUUAAUCCCUUGGCCUUGCUGUUAAUGCUGUACAUUUUGGAGAAUUUUUAUUUUUUUAUGGUUGUGUAAUUUAGCUCCUUGAGGACAGGAGUUCUCUGUGGUUCUGUUACUGCAGCUUACACUGUUACCUUAAUAAAUUCAGUCUCGAUGUUUUCACUUCUGUCUAAACUAGUUUGCAUCAAUACUAAUCUAUCUGGACAGGUGACACUGAUACAACUGUUUUGUUGUCUGACCUUACAGACAAUAAACGUGUUUUCCAUUCUUGUGUUGGCAGACAAUUCUAAACAAGUGCUUUAAUGUGAACUGUUAGAUACAGCAUAACAUUUCCAUACAUACAGACUAAACUGUCUCAGGGCAAACUCUUGCUCUAGCAUAAAGGUUCAGUGUGUAGAAUUAAGUGACAUCUAGUGGUGAAGUUGCAUGUUGCUGAAUACCCCUCACCUCACCCUCUCCUUAAAAGGUGAUCAAUUCGGCAGCUGUGGAUGUGGCUGAGGGGUUGAGCAGUUGUCCUCCAACUAGAAGGUUUGCUGCUUGAAUCCCAGCCCUUGCCAAAGUGUCCUUGUGCAAAAUGCUGAACUCCCAAAAAAAUUCUCCUCCUAAAUGUAGAAUGUAAGUUCCUUCGUAUAAAAGCGUCAGCUAAAUGACAUGUAAUGUAAUGUAGUUUGUCCUGGUGUGGCUUGUGUGGCCUCUGCGGACCCACUCCUCGUGUAAAUAUAAAGUAUUUAAAUAUAAAGGGCCAAUUCUAGGGUAAAGAAAACCACAAUUUGUACAAUUUAGAUGAAACAUCACUAGGAUUAUUUUAUAUAAAAUUUCUGCCAACAGAUCCCUUUAAGUCAAAUCCUACACACUGGACCUUAAACGUUCAUGUUCUUGCACCUACUUAAAACAGGCCUAGGAAUGUAGAGAAUUUUAAGCCACAAGACUAAUAGAAGAUCAAGUAACUAAUACAAGUAGCUGUUCGCUUGAUGCAUAUGUCAAGCCUGCUACCACCAGUAAAAGAAAAGGGAAAUUAAUGAGAACUUGGGGAUGUUUGGUAAAAAAUACUCAUGCAAAUUCCAAAUGAGGUGAGAUGUGGAGUCCUGGAGUCAAUUUUGACAAACAGGGAGAUUCACUAUUUUAGUCAUGAGCCACUUUACUCAAUAGUUUAUAAAGUAAAUGUUAGAUGGUCUGUAUUUAUAUAGCUUUCUCGUCGUCUUGAUGACCUCUCAAAGCUCUUUACAGUAAAGAACAGUACCUUUAUUCAAAGCAUGUUGAUAACAGCAGCCUUUCAGGACGUUCUCCUUCAUGAAGUUUAUAAUGUUCAGUUUGAGCUGAAAGUGAGUCCUCUGCUUCAUUACUUUGGAUUACUUUAGAAGAUGUAGUUCAUGGUGCUGUUUAACCUAGUUGCAUUAUAUUGGGAAACAUUUGUUCAACAUAGAAUAGCCGUCAAUACAGACUGGUACAGUUCAUCCAGAAAAUCCCUGAGUGCUGCAUGGGAUGUUCCUUCAUGGAUUGUAACGGGGGGCAAUGUACACAGAAGACUGGGAGCUAUGUGAUUUUACUGAAAACACAAUAAAUGUAUCAGUGUCAUUUUCUCUGAUGGACAAACACAAUAAACAAGUGAAUCAAAUUAUAAAUAUCAAGGUAAUGCUGAGUAUCUGCUGUAAUUUAACCAUGUAUUCCUAUGGUCCUCAUUCCUGGAUCAGUCUUGUUAAAUUUUUAUCAGAUACAAAUGGUUUAAAGUAAAUUUUACUGAAGUAAAUUAAGUGCCAUUGGUAAUUAUUUUCAUGAAAUAAAAAUGUUU